CUCUCUCUCUCUCUCUCUCUCUCCAUCGAUACAUUAUAUACGAGUAUCAAACAUAAUACGCUAUUAUAUAUCAAUACAGAACAUAUCGAUAAAUAGAAAUACGACUCUCGACUUUAUCACAAUUGAUUGAUACAUAUAUACAAAAAUAACUCGUCGUCGUCGAGUCGACUCUCGGGGGGCAGCAGCGGCUCCAGAGGCUCAAUACUAACGCAAUACAAUAAAUUGUUUAUGAUCCUCUUCUCCUAUAUCUCUUUUUCCGCGCGUAUACGGAGAAUCGAGAAUUAGGUGUAAAAAUCGUAAAUUUUGCCUUUAAUUGUAAUAAAAAGCAUGACAGUUUGCUUUUUAUUAUCUCGGAGAUCGCGAUUUUGGGCUAUAUGCGUUAAUAAAAGCACGCGGGACCGAUUCGCGCGAUAUUAUCUCUCUCGCGGCGUCGAGCACGCCGGCGGGCUUUUCGACUCGUUACACACACACGAUACCUACAUGGGGGAUAAAUGUGCGAUCAUACACAAAGCACUCGAGAGUGAGAGAGACCGGGGGCUACACACGACUCAAUUUGUUGCUUACUAAUUCAGUAUCGUAACGAGCCGCGAUCCUGCUGUGACUCGCGUGCGCGUCCGCGAGUGUAUAAAAGUGUUCGCAUGUCAUCGCACUUUGUAUACUUUAUUUUUCUCGCGUAAUUAUACAAAAAAAAAGCCUCUCUCGAGAUGGCCGAAUCGCUCGAGUUGCAAGCGUACAGAUCGUUCGUCGUCGACGAGACGCAGCCGCAGCAAGCAACGACGAACGAUACAUCGUUCCAAUCGCGAGCGAAUUCCUCGCUCGACGUGGAAGCCUGUCGGCUAUCGCUCGAUCUGCAACUGCGAGCGUCGGAUACGUCGGUCCAAUCGUCGCAACAGGGAUCGACGACGAGUCUAGGAUCGUUCUCGAAGCGCAUCGACCUGAAAGCGAAUCGGUCCUUCGAGGAGCAAGGCUCAGUGGAAUCGCUCCGAUCGCGUCGAAGAUUGGCAAGAUUCAGAAGGAUCUUGAGAAGCAGAGGUAGAUACAACUGUAGGGCACAAGACAGACUUGCAGCUAUGGAGCAUGCAGAUCUAGUAAAAGAGAUGGCAGAGGUCGAGACACUCACUACGCAAGAGCGUCUACACUUAGCUAGACAUAGGCGAGCACAACAGCUGAAAGUAUGGAAACAACGAGAAAAGGAAUGGCAGCGACAUCAGCUAAAGCACAUAAUACCAAGCAGCAAAAAACAUAUUUUUUUCAGCGACAGUGUCAUGCUACUUGAAGCUGCUGCUAGAAAUGAUCUUGAAGAAGUUCGUCGUCUACUUAGGAAAGGAGUUAAUCCGGACUCGACGAACGAAGACGGUUUGACGGCUUUACACCAAUGUUGCAUCGAUGAUAAUGAUGAAAUGAUGAAAAUCCUGGUCGAAUUCGGUGCUAAUGUCAACGCAGAGGAUAGUGAAAAGUGGACACCGUUGCACGCAGCGGCGACGUGUGGCCACCUCCACCUUGUACGCUAUCUCAUUAAUAAAGGUGCAAAUUUAUUAGCAGUUAAUGCUGACGGUAACAUGCCGUACGACAUUUGCGAAGAUGAGAAAACCCUCGACUGCAUCGAAGGCGAAAUGGCUAGACGCGGUGUGACUCAGGAAUUGAUCGACGAGACCCGUGCUUCGACGGAAGUCCAAAUGUUACGAGAUUUAAUGAGACUGCAGCAAAGUGGUGGUGAUUUAGAGUAUAGAGACGCUCAAGGAGCCACUCCUUUGCACAUCGCAGCGGCCAACGGUUAUCUUCGGGUUGUGGAGUUUUUACUUGAGUAUCAUGUCUCCACGGACGUCCAGGACAAUGACAAGUGGCAACCCGUCCAUGCUGCUGCUUGUUGGGGCCAUCUCGACGUUCUAGAGCUACUAGUACAAAAUGGGGCUGACUUGAACGCUCGAAAUAAGCACGAAGAAACACCAGCGGACAUUUGUGAAGAUCCGGAAAUCCGCGAAAGAAUUGUCGAAUUGAAAACCGAACAGGAAACGAAGAAGAUGCGCGAUGCUAAUCGACGAGUGAGGCGAUCUCACAGCAUAAAUACGAGAACUCAGAGCGUCCGUAGAACGUCUAUAAGAGACAAAACUUCAAUAACUAAGAAAGAUGCACAAGAGGAAGCCAGGACUUUGAUGAGAAGACAAGUGGAGCCCACAAAAAUCCCGGCUCAAUCUUUGUCUUCGCCGACGUCGGAUAAUGUAAUGAACCAAGCCGAAUACGAACACGAGUCACUUCCGUCAUCGAUGGCAACGUCGGACGUUCGUCGGGCGCCUGAAGGAAAAGACAACGACUCCUUCGUUCACGAGGAUAUGGACAAGGACUCAGUUUUCUACUUGACUUUUCUAUUUCCAUAGAAUCUUAAACUUGUUUUUAUAACUAUGUAAUUCAUUAAUAUUUUUUUUACCAAUAAUACUAUUACACAUUUUUAAAUAUAAAAGGUAUUGAUGUAAAAGUCUGAACUACAGUGUGACAAGCCUAUUCAAUAGUACUUACUUUUAUAAUGUAUAUUCAAAUAAUUUUUAAAACUUCAUUUACUGAUACGGUUUUUUAAAAAUAUCAAUUUGUACAUUAUAAAAGCCACAGGUGCUAGUUAGCGCAUAGUUUGCUUAAAAUUAAGAUAACUCUUACAGAGUAUUUAAGGUAAAUGCAAUUUUACAUGUCUCAAGUCACAAUAAUUAUACGAUCUAAUGAGCAGUCAUUAAUUUUAAAAUUUCGAAAUAUUUUCUUGUCUUUUUAAAUCGUUGUUAAAUAUUUCCUCUUUUUAUUGUAAAUGUAUCUUGACACGCGAACGUGUGUUUUUUUCCUUGUCCAGUGUUGUACGUGUUAUUUUCAAGGUUUGGUUUACCUAUUGAUAGAUUGUAAUGAAAAAUCUCGAACAAAAUUGACAAGAGAAAUCAGUCAAUUAGUAUUUAAUAUUUAUUAUCAGAACAUUAAAAAAAUUGAUUAUUUUGUAUGUUAAUUUGUAUGUUAAAGUUAAUUGUGUGUAUUAAACUAAUAAUUUCGUUACGUGAAUUUUUUAUGUGGAUAACAUGUUAUUUGUUAAUAGCUUUAAUAAACGAAGUCUUUUUAUCAUGAAGUAAUUUUUUGUGUGUCAUAUGGAACGAAUCCGAGCCUGUAAUGAUUAUUUAGUCGAAUAGAUAUUUAAAUCUUCACAGCACUCUCUUAACAUUAUGUUAGCACAAUGCAUGAAAUUUUAAAAAAAGAACAUAGUAAAUUAGUUUAUAGGCCAUUAAAUACUUCAAAGCAACUUAACUUGCACUUGAAUACUUGGCCGAGGUUCAUCGACACAAUAUCGCAUGCUUCCAAAAGUGUAUAAUUUUUUUUUUUCUUCUUUUUUUU